AUGGUUUCACUGACAGCAAAUCAUGUCCCAGCAGUGGCUAACAAGCGUCUGAAAAAAAGCACAUUGAUAGAUACCGUUGAAGAAGAAGUGGAAACACCGUGUAAACGAUCAAAGGAUGAGACAGAAGCACAAAUUACAACAGUGGCCGCAGUGAAUGUUGGAAACUAUAAAUCGCUUACAACUAAAACAGCUGGCAGAUGUUCAAUGAAUCGUUCAUUGUCUACAGCUAAUAUUCUUGAUAAGUCAGAAGAGAUGGUGACAUUGAAAACAAAUACGUUGACACCACGAUGUGGUGCCAGUUCAACCAAUCUAAGAACUCCACUCAGUGGCACGAAAACAUGGACUCAUGGUGCAUCGAUCUCGACACGACCACAUACAUACACCAAUCACAGCUCAAUUCUUGGCGAUCACUGCGAGGUCUGUAAUGGAUGGAUUGGGAUUGUUGGAAAAGCUUACAAAUGCUGCGAUUGUGGUUUACGUAUCCAUAAAGCAUGCAUCGACAAUGCACCUGUGCCUUGUGUACCACGAACUCCAACACCUCGCACACCUAGCAAACAACGUUUACGCUUGAAGGAUUUAUGUCCUUCCACGCAGCCUAUGAUACCACCAAUUCUUAUUCAUUGCAUUUUGGCUUUAGAAAAGGAUCGACUGUGCUCGGAGGGUAUUUAUCGAAUUCCUGGGGAUGACAGUCAAGUUCAAAAACUAUUAAAUGAAUUUCUACAUGGUCGCUCUGUUCCAAAGUUGGACUAUCACGACACGGAAACAAUAACAAGCUGCAUUAAGCAAUUCUUAAAUAAGCUGCGAGAUCCAGUGAUCCCAAGCACAUCUUGGGAGGAAUUUGUUAAUGCUGCUGAGACAGAUGAUGUUGAAGCUCUGAAUUGUAGCAUUAUGGAUUUACCCUAUCCAAAUCGCGAUACACUGGCUUUCCUCUGUGCUCAUUUUCAGAGGAUUUGUGAUAACUGCAUUGAAAACAAGAUGCCUCGGAAUGUUCUAGCACGCUGCGUUGCAGCAAUGAUUGUAGGCCCAGCUCCUCCACAUGUAGUGAAAGAUGAUGAAGAAAAAAAGCAGAUGAUGAUUAUGUCAACUCUGCUCAAAAUGCCUUCAGACUACUGGCCUAAGUUCUACAAUUUUGACAAAGGAAUACCACUGAUCAACAGCCCCAAAUGUAUAGCAUAUGACAACAGGAAACCCAUGAGAAUCCCGUACAAGAAUCCAAAUAAAUCAAUUCUGGGACCAGUUGAAACUCCACCAUCUGGACAAAAAGAAAAUACGUACCAACCGAAAAUAUCAAGACGAAAGCAUUUCCUCGGCGAUAUUUUUUAA